AUGUUGUAUGGAAACCCGUUACGUGUUCCUGGACAGCUAUUGUUACAGAAAUGCCAAAAAUCAGGUGAAACCGAUUUCGUUUCAACACUUCGUAAAGCAUUGGCUCAGCUGAGGACAAUCAACGGCAGCAGACAUGGACAUCAUCCAGUAUAUGUUUCUAGCGAUCUGCAAACCAGUAAGUUUGUAUUCGUGCGUGUCGAUCGGGUGAGAGCUCCUUUGGAACAGCCUUAUGAAGGACCGUUUCAAGUACUGCAACGAGGUGAGAAAAAUUUCGUAAUUAACAGAAGAGGGAGCAGGUGCACCGUCGCAUUAGACAGGUUAAAACCAGCUUAUUUUACUAACGAUGAAGACGUCGGCAAGCAGUUUUCGCCAUCGUCCGUAGUCAGUCAUGAGCGGAAGCAUGCACUCGAGAAGAGGGUUCCUAAACCGUCAGUCGAUUCCUCAAAGGUUACGCGUUCUGGCCGAGCAGUGCAUUUCCCAGCGAAGCUGUGUGACUACCGCGAGUAA